AUGCGUGAUGAUGAUGAGACCAGUGAGACCGAGGAGGCUGCAGAUCAGCAUGACGAGUCAUCCGAGAGCGGAGAUGAUGAUGCUGACUCAAAUUCCGCUAGUGGAGAUGAGCCCUCUAUCGGAUAUGUCGAGGGAUUACUCGAGGUGCUGGCCUCAUUUGAGGGUCACACCUUUACCGACAGGGCCGGCGGUGACAGAAGCAGGACCAUUAGUGCCCCUCAAUCAGCAGGGAGAGAGAGACAGGCUCUAGCACGCGGCCGCAUGGGAUGUCGUGAGCCUAUCAUGCGCGAUGAUGAUGAGACUAGUGAGACCGAGGAGGCUGCAGAUCAGCAUGACGAGUCAUCCGAGAGCGGAGAUGAUGACGCUGACUCAAAUUCCACUAGUGGAGAUGAGGUUGAGCUAGAUUCUGAUACAGAGGAUGACGACGACUCCAGUUUCGGUUCUACAUCGGGUUUAGACAGUGGUGCGAAUGGAGAUAGCUCUGUAGAGUCCACUCCGUCGAGAAAGAAGACGAAGAGGGCCUCUAGAGCUUGA